AUGUUAACGCUAUUCUGCGCGAUUGUUGGUACGAAGGGAAGCGUAUUUUCUGUGGAUAUCGACGCGAAUCGGUCGGUUUACGACUUGAAGAAGGAGAUGAAGGCGAAGAAGUUGUACCACUUUCCUUCGGACCAAUUUCAGCUCUUCGUUGCGAAGAUGACGGACGGCAAUUGGCUGAAAGACGAUGCUCCUGCUGCUUUGGAGUUGAAAGAAGGAAAGAAGCAUAAAGACAUCCAGACGGUGGUUGGUGGAGAAAAGAUGGAUGUGACGAGGACCUUACAGUACUGGCUGUUUGAAAAGAAUAAAAUGCCACAGCCAUCUACUGGUCAAGUUCACGUACUGGUGAUAGCAUCAAAAGAUUUUUUUAAGUGGAAGUCUCGUUUACUGAGACCUCAUACCUACGACCCAGAGUCAAAGUACUUCUGGCUGAAAAAGGAGGAUACAUUGCCAGGGGUUCUUUCCGAACGAAUGAUGCUGUACUGCAGACCCAACUUUCAUGAGCAAGUUGAGUUCUUGCGUGAAAGGGUGCUGAAAGAAGGUCACCAAGGCUGGAUUCUUGGUCCUUCGGGAACGGGAAAGUCAUCGACUGCUACGGUCUUUGCAUUAACUGUCGACAGAAAUGAAUGGGAGGUGAUAUGGAUUGACGUUGCGCUAAAUCCUUACUGUCGGUGUGUGCGUCUGAUUGGCGAUGAGCGAAUGUCUCGAACAAUCGAUAAUGCUAAGGAAUUGGAAGACGUGCUUCAAGUUGAUGAUAAUUCGAAGCAUCGUGUAGUGCUAGUUGAUGGCUGGACUGAUGAAGAUGACUUGAGUAAUAUAGCAAAAAUUUUCAAUAGACAUUUCGAUCUCUUAACUCGAGCAAUGGAGUAUUUGGUGUAUUCCUGGACACUGGACGAGUACCUUGCUGCGACAAGCGAUGAUAUGUUGUUCCGCGUCGUGGAGCCAUACCUGGGUGACUCUGUGAGUGAUCGUUCAGCCAUGGUAAAGGCCAAGUAUUUUUACGCCGGUAGAUCCUGUCGUUAUAUGUUUUGCUACAACUCGACGGAUGUGGUGAAUAAGUUGCAUGUCGCUCUGGAUUCACAAUCAAACUACAGCUGCCUGUUUGCGAUGUUCAAGACAUCUGCUUUUAUUGGCGUAGUGAAACCUGUGAUCAGUCGCUUUGCUGCUAUGGUGAUUGGCGUUACAUGGGGUCCGAACAAGAUCAAUGAUAUUAUGUAUCCAUUAAAUGAUUAUUCAAACUCGGCAUUGAAUGGAUGGAUGUUUGAGCUGAAAUUUUUCGCAAGUAUUCGGAAUGGCGAUCUUGAGAUAGUUGAUGCGGCAGGAAACAUACAUGAAAAGUGGAGUCGAUCUGAAGUGUUAAAGGUGGAUGGAAUACCUCAUUAUCUUUAUCUCUGCCGUAAUCCCGUUUGGAUUAUGCCACAGAAAUGGAAUGAAGGUGGAUACGACGCGAUCAUGUCAGACCAGAGUUUUGAAAUUAAGACGUUGGAGAUAGUUUUUGUUGUUGAGAGAAGGAAGCUGAAUGGUUUCAAAUUUUCGACGGUGACUGGGGAAGGACUGCUGGAGCCGUUUGGAUGGCAAAAGUUCACAGAGGCUGGUCGAGCAAAGAAAGUCGGGUUUAGGGGGCUGUUAAUGUAG